UCCCCUCAUUCUUGUUCCAGUUUUUAACCGAGAGCGAACAAUUUCGAGCGCGGGAAUCGGAUUCGUGAUAGUCGUGUGAAACAGCAACUACUAUUCAGUGCAUAAUAAUCAUAGCCUCUAGGGUAUCUAGAAAAAUUUACUAGUGCCUACUAUACAGUGGAGUUCGAGCGGCAAAACCCCAAAAUUUCCGUUGAAAAAGCAACAACACACAGGGUCGCCGUGCAUGUGUGUGUGUGGUACAGUUGGGUAGAAAAACAUCGCCAUAUCGGGUUGCCACCUGGUUGUGCUCUUUUCAAUUUGACCACUAUUGCCACCACUUUUGCUGCUCUGCUUCUGCAGUUCGGUUGUUGUUGUGCAUCUUUGCGAGUUUUAUUUUUCGUUCGCCGAAAACAAUCAAAGUUAAUCGAAGCCCAUUGAAUUCCAACAAAAUUGGUUGGAAGUUUAAGACGUGUGACCAUCGUAGCCGGAGAGCCAGCGUUGUAACAACAAAGACGUACGCAGAGGAGAAACGAGAGCGCCGCGUUGUGAAAGUGCCAGCAAAAAGUGCUAUUAAAGGCAAAAACAAACGCCAGAGAAAAUGUAAAGCGACUUGCAUAGCUACCCAUGAAAGAUGCGAGCUGGAAAAAAGCAGGCAGCUGAAAUCGUCAAGACACGUCCUUGCAUCGUCUACUUAAGAAAUUUGCGCGACGAGGAGGAGCCGCCAGCCGGCAGACUGAGGAAGAGGGAUAACCAGCGGGAGGCGCAGCAGGAGCUGCGAGAGACCCGCACACGUCGGCGCUCCGUAGUCCAGGAGAAGCCGCCAGCGACCGCUACGCCGCGCACCCGUCACGCCGUUAAGCCAGCGGCCAUCUCGCCAUCGCCACCGCCAGCGGCGCGUGCGAAGAUCACCAGGGAGCAGCCGGCCGCCAACCUGGCCAAGCGACGCGGCACAAUGGUGCUGGGCGGCAGCGCCGGCGCCGCGACUCCACACCACAAGCUGGGACUGAUCAAGCCACGGCGCUUCGUUCAGCAGGAGACGACGACGCCCAAAAUGUACAAGCAGUCGCCGGCGGCCAAGCACACGCCCGCGAGUCCACCGCCCACCAUUGCGGCCAGUCGCUCCCGGCGCUCGAUCAAGCCGAACCCGAAGUACGCCAGCGAUGACAUCGUCACGCCCAAGUUUAUGGCCUCCUUGGGCGACGGCGGCAAUCAGUCCGUCGCUGGUCGUCACGGGAGGCAGGGCAAGCAGAACUACGCAACGGACGACGAUGACAUGAGCGACCAGCUCGACUUGGACGAGGACGACGACGACGAGCUAGCGGACGCCGCAUUCAAUCCGCAACUGCACAAGUCCGACGAGGAUGAUGACGACGACGAGGACGAGGAUCUGAGCGAGGCCGAGCACGAACAGGAACUGCGUCGCAAGCUGCCGCCGGUCAAGCGUGGGCGUGGACGUCCACCGAAGGCCAGCACUGCCAAUGCCGCCAGUGCGAGUUCCAGGACGCCCCGAGCCGGCAGCCAGACGCCCAGCGGUGUGGCCAACAAGGUGUCCAUCAACUCGGCCGGCGGACGCACUGCGCCCAACAGCCUCCAGCAGUUGCGUCGCGCCAUAGCCGUCAAUGUGGCGCGCAACAACGCUAGCUUGACAGAGGGAUCGGGAGCGGGAUCGGGAUCUGGUUCUGGUUCCAUGUCGGGGGCGGCCAAGCGCAAGCUGGAGAUCAGCGAUACCGACAGUCCCGUGGCCAGGAAGCGGAUGGUCCUCUCGUCCACCGGUGGCCAGCAGGUGCGCAGUGUGCCGGUGGUGAAUGGCAAGACAAACAUGGCUGGCGCGACCACGAGACCCAAGAUGGGCCUGCUAACCAGGACGAUGCCCCAGCGGCGCGGCAGCAACUACAAGGCGAACACCGCGACGAACGCCACCAGCAACUCGGUCGGCGCCACGUCCACAACACGUUCGUCGGGCGGAGGAGCAGCCUCCAGCAGCGAAGCUAAGAACAACGAGUCUGGAAGCGAGGACGUGCCCACGUUCACCAUCGUGAACAUCGACGACAUUAUCAACCAGGACGAUGUGCUCAUCACCAGGUCCACCAAUGCUGGGUCAGCCGCAACAGGGGGCAAUCUCAGCAAGAAACAGCCUGUGGGCAGGCCGCGCACCCGGCCCAUCCCAUCCGGCAAUGUGGGAAGCGGCGAGAAGAAGGCCAUUGCCACCAGCCCGGAGAAAUCUCCGUCCGCUCCUGUGAACAACAGCUCAACCGUUGGCGGCCAGGCCAAGCGCAUCAAGAUCCUGUCGAGCAACAGCAGCGUUAACACCAAAAUGGGACCCGUGCACAUCCAGAGCUACGGACAGAGUCAGAGUCAAAGCCAAACGCAGCUGUCCAAGCCCAGGCCGAGGAUACUCAACGCGGAGAUGGGCAAGAAGACGCAGCCGAUGAAGCCGCUGAUGAACAUGGGCAAGGAGCUGUGCCCCACGGACGUCGACACCGAGGAGGACGACCCGGAUCCGGAUCUCGACUUUGACAUCGACGAGAUCCCGGCAUCGAUUGUGACCCGAAAGACUCCCAAACCGGCGGCGGCAUCAUCGGCCACGUCGGCACUCUCCACUGCCACUGGUGGGGCAUUGAACAAGUGGAGCAGCAACCGCAGCCGCCCCGUGCUAUCCACGACGGCCUCGUCGGCCAACGCCCGCGCGGACCGUAAGCUGACCAAGCUGCUGGGCGACGGCGACGACCAGCCGGUGUUCAAGAAGCCCGGCCUGAGUCCCCAGCGCCGCAGCAAGGAGAACCAGCUGCUGCAGCAGCAGGAGCAGCGCGACAAGGAGGUGGCCGGCCAGAAGGAGCUUGGCGGCGCCUUGGUCCUUGGCGGCGGAGCGGAGGACAUGAGCAAUCCGAAGUACUUCCCGCCCGAGACCACCACCUUCUGCGAGGAGGACGGGCGCGUUGUGAAGAAGAUCACCUGCUACGAGACGUGGCAUGUGAUCAGCACGCCCAAGGAGACGCCGUCGAAGGCGACGCGCCAGCAGCGCACCUGCCUGGAGCUGGCCCUGGUGAAGCUGGCCAACGUGGCGGCCAGGAUCCGGGUGCCAUCUGGCAAGUGGUCCAGCAAGGUCACCCUGUACAAGGUGUCGCCGACGCUGAUGACCCGCCAGACGAUGACCAUCUUCACGGGCGAUCUCAAGGCGUACAACAUACCCGAGGAGGAGCGCCACAAGUACCAGCCGUCGUGCGUGCUCUUCCGCCGCGCCGUUAUGGACAGGAACAAGUGCCGCGUGCCCUACGACCGGGCCAUCAUCUUCAAGAACAAGUGCUUCUACGCGAACAUCGACGGCAAGCACGUCAAUCUGAUGGGAGCCCCCGAGACGGUGACCACCGUCAAGGACGUCGAGAUCCUGCUGGACAUCGUCGACCGCCUGACGCUCGGCAGCAACCUGGUCGAGAUGGUCAACACCAAGUGAGGCAGCAGCAGCGUGUGGCAGCCGGGCGGGCAGCCGAGCAGUCGGACGAGGAGCCACUAGGACACGUAUCACAUUGUAAAAAUAAUUCACACCACCACACCCACACAAAAACGGACACGCGAUAAUUUGUUUGAUGCAGUAGCAAACCGAUUACAUUAUACAAGUUUUUUUUUUUGUAAAACCAUUAACUUAGUUCUAAUAGGUAGUUUAGCGUAAUUAUCUAUACCUUAAAUCGUAAACAACAGACGGACAUACAUAAAUACAGACAGCGGGUGUAUCUAUGUACUAUAUACUACAAAUUUAAACCUAACGCAUCGCGUCUCGGAAACCGAACAGAAUCACCAGUUCCGCGGAGGAAUCAAUCCUGAUUUUAAUUGUAAUGUCUGGCGAGGAUUGUGCAAGCGCCAAACGACAAACGACUUCCCCUUAAAAACCCACAAAUCGAACACUUUUUUAAACGGCAAUUAUGUAAAUCGUAGUUCAUUAAUACACGUAAAUCAGGGCGUAUACACGUUUGUUUACGCCGGAAUGGAGAUAUAGAUUUUAAGGAUUGUGUAUAUUUAAUUGAAAGCCCAUUAAAGUAUACAAAUAAAAGAGAAAACUGAUUUAAAUAA